CUGAAUAGUUUCGUUCCGGCAAAGCUUGAAGGAAGAUGCAGAUCCCAGCAGCCAGUAGCGGUGAGCAGCGUGUCGGCAGUAGCUACGAUCCGAUCGGGCGGAUCUGGUCCGGCCCAAGGACGCCCCGUACCCUGAACGUGAACCAGAGCCUCGGCCAGCUGGUGCUGAGCUCGUUGCGCAGUGCGGAUCCGGCGCACGUGACGCAGAUUGGUGGUGGUAAGACCGCGGGCGGUGACGAUGUGCGCGUGACCUGUGGGGAGAUGUACGAGCGGACGGUGCGCUGCGCCCAGCGGCUACAGGGGCUUGGGUACGGGCCGGGUACGAUGGCGGCCCUGGUGUCAGCCAACAGCGUUCACGUUGCGCCCGUCAUGUUCGCUUGCUUCACCCUCGGCAUCACGGUCAACACGCUCGAUUCGUCGUUCGAGAGCGGCGAGUUCCGGCACAUGUUCGGCAUCACCAGACCGGUGCUGGUGUUCUGUCAGCGCGACAUCAUCGAAAAAGCACGGGCGGGUGCGCGGGCCGCCGAUCUUGAGCCACGCUUCGUAGUGUUCGGUGAUGGUGAUGGUAAUGAGGAGGUGAAGCAGGGGAUGCCAGUGACGCAGCACGACUAUCUGCGUGUCGAGCAGCUACUGGAGCCGACCGGCCAGGAGCAGGAGUUCGUGCCACCAACGCUGGACGAUCCGGCCAGCCAGCUGGCGGUGAUCCUGUGCUCCUCCGGCACGACAGGUCUAUCGAAGGGCGUCAGCUACACGCACAGCUUCUGCAUCGCCAACAUGCCGACCCUCUGGCCGACGGACCCAACGGAUCGCAUCCUGGCCUUCAGCUCGCUAUACUGGCUGUCCGGUUUUGCGGUUCUGCUGCUCGGCACCAUCCACCGGGCAACCCGCAUCAUCACGACCGAGCGGUUCAGUGAGGAAUUGGCGCUAACCAUGCUCGAGCGCCACCAUAUUACCAUGGCCUUCUUUCCACCCUUUCACCUCAACCUGCUGCUCAGUGAGCCGCGCUUCGCUAGCACCGAUCUGUCCGCGCUGCGGUUGCUGCUGUGCGGUGGUGCACGCGUCUCUGGUGACCUGUACCGGCGCCUAAGGGGAGCACUGCCAGCCGGCACCGCCCUCCAGAUCGGUUACGGCAUGUCGGAGUCAUCGCUGGUCACGCUGACCGAUCCAGUCGGACCGUACCGGGACGAUACGGUCGGUACGCUGCAGCCACACACCGACGCCCAGAUCAUCGACCCGGACAGUGGGCGUCCGGUCGGGGUGAACGAACCGGGUGAGGUGUUGCUGCGCGUCCAGUACCCGUUCGCCGGUUACUACGGUGAUCCGGAUGCCACCCGUGCCACCAUGACCGCCGACGGUUGGAUAAGGACCGGUGAUAUCGGUUACUUCGACGAUGGUGGCCGGCUGUACAUCGUCGACCGGCGCAAGGACAUCAUCAAGUACUCCGGCUUCCAGAUAUCACCGACCGAGCUCGAGGCGAUCAUCAAGCAGCUGCCCGGCGUACUCGAGUGCUGCGUGGUCGGGUUGCCGGAACAGUCUGGCAACGAGCUGCCGGCAGCUGCGGUGAUCCGCUCACCAGCCGCUACCGGGGGUGCCGCUACCGUCCUGACCGAGUCCGUGGUCGAACAGUUCGUGCAGGAGCGCGUCUCCGCCAGCAAGCGGCUCCGGGGGGGCGUGUUCUUCGUCGAUGCGCUUCCCCUCACACCGUCCGGCAAGGUCAUCCGCCGGAAGUGUCUGGAGCAGGUGCUUGCCCUGCUUGCCGGAACACGGCCCAGCGGGUGAAGGCGUGAAUCGAUCGCCUGAUCAAACAGGUUCGAUCGCAGUACUACAAUGUAGCUUGCGUUGAUGCUAAUAAACGGUGGAAAU